ACUCAUAUGGCCAUCAUUUCACUUCAUUCCUUGGCGAUUCAGUGCAUGGAUAGGCUGCCGUUGAAAUUUCUCCUUAGAUUUCAGAUUUUUACCAUUUCAAUUAACAUUAGCAUUUUAUACAAUACAUUAGGCUGAACUUAUUUCCCACGAAAUCUUGUACAAGGGAAUUUCAACACUUGUUUUCACCGCAAAUGCUCUUGUGGGUGUUCCUCAAUCUUUGUCAUUAUUUGCUUCGAGUGCUUCGAGAAGAAGAUGAACGAAACAUGUAAGGUAUUCAAUCAAGAGAUAAGGCUGGACAACGGCGACGACUGGGCAUUUCACUUGGUUAUCCUCUUUGACAUAAAAUCCAAUGUUGUGAUACAUACACUGGCCGAUAUAUAUGACGGGUCAUCCAUAUUUCGCUGUGCCUAAUUUUCCACCAGAAGGGUGAUAGAGCCUGCUCUGACGUCUGCAUCAGAUAUUGUCCAUUGCAUUUUUUUAUGGACAUUUUUUCCUCACUGACUUUGAGUUGAGAGAAGCAAAUUUACAUCAUCAUCAGCAACAAAAGGGGAAUGAAGAUUUAUGUUUUAUUUUUUUUACCCACGCCUCCCCUUUCACCCCCAAACAUUUACAGCUAAAACAAAUUCUUAAACACAUCAUAGCCUACAUUGUGGAACAAUCUCUAGCGCCGGAGCAUCGCUGGAACCAUGCCUCUUCUGCAGGUUUGGACUGGGAAAUUGCAACUGCCAAUUUAAUCAACAAGACGCUGCUGUUCCUUAUCAGACGUCUCUCAGUUUUUCUGGGCUUUUUCGUUUUUAAAGAAAAAGGCUUGUUAUUACUUUUUGAAAGUCUUGUGUAGGCUGUAAUGAGCAAGAUGUCGGAUCUUCUGGUGUUGGUUGAGGGGGUCUGUGACCUGCACGGAUUUCCAUAGCUUGGGAAAACAGCUUGGACCAAUUACGACGUUUAAACACGCAUUUUGUAUAAAGCCAUUACAUGACUAAAUGUAUCUUCUUUUUUUUUUGCAGCAAUUUAUUUGAAUUGCUUUUUUAAACUUUCUUUUCACAAUUUUCUUUGGACCACAAGCGGUUGGAUUAUUGAAACUAUAUAAGGAUUUGUGGAAAUGUUGGGUCCUCAAGAAGAUAAAUUAUGUGGAAUGUUCUCUGCUUUGGCGGCUCUGUCCUUCGUUUGCUUUGUUCAAAGCACCUCCACUGGACAAACCGGAAUAUCUGUGGCCAAGGCCACGGUGGACAAGUUGCUGAAGGGGUAUGACAUCCGUCUAAGGCCUGAUUUUGGAGGUGCCCCAGUCAUCGUAGGAAUGAGCAUCAACAUCGCUAGCAUUGACUCCAUCUCAGAAGUGAACAUGGAUUACACCAUCACAAUGUAUUUCCAGCAAAGUUGGCGAGACAAGCGGUUGGCAUACGCUGAGCUGCCCCUCAACCUGACUCUGGAUAACCGCGUAGCAGACCAGCUGUGGCUCCCAGACACCUACUUCCUCAAUGACAAGAAGUCCUUCCUGCAUGGCGUGACAGUGAAGAACCGUAUGAUUCGACUGCAUCCUGAUGGCACCGUGUUAUAUGGGCUCAGAAUAACCACCACAGCAGCUUGCAUGAUGGAUUUGAGGAGGUACCCCCUCGACGAACAGAACUGCACCUUGGAAAUCGAAAGCUAUGGGUACACCACAGACGACAUAGUGUUCUACUGGCACGGAGGGGACAAUGCGGUGACGGGGGUGGACAAACUGGAGCUUCCCCAGUUCUCCAUCGUGGCGCUUCGGCUGGUGUCCAGGGAGGUCAGGUUUACCACAGGUUCCUAUCCCAGGCUAUCACUGAGUUUCAGGAUUAAGAGGAACAUUGGCUACUUCAUCCUGCAGACAUACAUGCCCUCCAUCCUGAUCACCAUCCUCUCCUGGGUCUCCUUCUGGAUCAAUUACGAUGCCUCUGCAGCUCGGGUGGCCCUUGGUGUUACAACGGUGCUCACCAUGACAACCAUUAACACCCACCUUAGGGAGACCCUCCCAAAGAUCCCGUAUGUGAAAGCCAUCGACGUCUACCUCAUGGGCUGUUUUGUGUUUGUGUUCCUGGCCCUGCUCGAAUAUGCCUUCGUAAACUACGUGUUCUUUGGCCGGGGCCCCCAGCAACAGAAGAAAAUCCACGAGCGGCUGAACAAAACCAACAACGAGCGCCCGCGAUACGAAGAGAAGCGCCUGAGAGAACAGGACUCCAUUGCCACGCCGUUUCAAACCAACACCCUCAGGUCAUAUACACAGAGAAGAAAUCUGUACCUCGAGGAGCAAAGAAAAGUUGGGGUGGACGCAUACGGGAAUAUCCUGCUCACCACGCUGGAGAUGAAUAACGAGGUGAUGCCGUCAGAUGUGGGAAGUAGCGUCAGUGACUCCCGGAAUUCAGUGAUGUCAUUCGACAGCUCCGGGGUCCAGUUCAGGAAGCCCAUGGCUCCCCGGGACGGCUUCAGCCACCACUCACUGGACCGCAGCGCUAUGCGCAGCAGGGCCAACUGUCGGCUACGACGGCGCUCCUCCAAGCUCAAGCUGAAAAUCCCCAAUCUGGCAGAUGUCAGCACCAUUGACAAAUGGUCCCGGGUCCUUUUCCCCAUCAUGUUUGGAUUUUUCAACCUAAUCUACUGGUUGUACUAUGUGAAUUGAUGUGCAUCCCACUAGGAAUCAUGGGCCAUAUUUUGAGAGCACAUUAAAUUGGCUUUGAUACAGUUGGAAAAUAUGUAUACACAUAUACAAGUUGAUACAUACAGUAUGUAUAUGCAUAUUUCUAUAUAUUAUAUUUAUAUAUACACGUGUGUGUGUGUGUAAAUCUGAAGGACUUUUCUCCUGUAUAAAGUAUUAUUAGAAUGACUUGAAUGUUUAAGAAUAAUUUCAAGCCUUUGAGUUUCCUUUUCCUUGUGAAACAAACAAACUAGCAAAGAAACGAACAAACUAACAACCAUCAGAUCCCUUUGGGGGAUUUUGGAACUAAAGACUGCAUGAUAUUUUUGCUAAAAAAGAAAGCGAAAGCUCUUGAGAGAAGAGAUGUCUCAGUCUCAUUGGCUUUUUAUUGAUACUCCGUAAUCGGCGUCCUCUACUGCAGCUCAUCAAAUCAGGUGACUCGUGUGUUCAGGCAUCGGCUGAGUCAAGUCCCUAAUAUCCAGCCCCCCCCCCGCCCAUUUCCCAUGGAUAACAUACACGGAAUUCUCCGGUUCGACCCUGUACAGCAACCUUGUUUGGAUUAUGUGUCGUUCCUUGGCUUUUUUUUCGAGUGACGUUGUUCUCUUUAUGGGACAUCGGCUCUGGUACAAUGCUGGUCUGCGUUUGGGGGGCCAUCAGGAUGGGAUGUUAGACCACUACGUUUCUGAGUCAGUGCAAACUUCUCUUCAUUUCUCUAUUCAUGUUUGUUUUUAGAGCAGUUCCUUGGGGUAUUUUCAUUAUGGUUAUCCAGAUGAUGAUUAUUGUAAUUAUUAUUUUGUUUUGAAAAUACUGGGCUUUUGGGAGUGUGUCACUUAACGAGGUUCUAGUUAAUGCAUUACUAGAAAAAAAAGUCACAGGUAUGAAUUGCUCAUUUUGAUUGUUUAAAAAAUAGACAUGUAAUGUACAUUUGGUAAUUCAGUAUCCUCGUGGACAUAGUUGGCAAAUAUAAUUGUGCGUUUUCUUUACCAUCCUCCUAGUGCUUCACAUGCUCUGUAGAUACAGUAAUUAUUGCCUCAUAUUCAGCUUUGUGUUCUGUAAGGAAGAAACGAUACCUAGAAUGAACACAUUUGAAGUUAUUCCACUAUAAAAAUGUGAGAAACAAUAUUGUGUAUUAAAAAAGGGAUAUCGCCAUGGUUUAUUUGUUUGAGAGUGAAAUCAACAUAUCAGCCCAAAGUUUGACCUGUAGUUGAAUGUAAUACUCUCUCACUUUGAAACAGUUUUCACCCCGAGAAUGUUGGGCACUGAUAUUAUAGUUCCUAUGAAACGUGCCUGUCUUAAAAUUCGAAUGGCCGUGUUCUCAAAUUAGCUUUUUUAUUUGCGGUUGUAGCGGGGAGCGGGAUUAGAGGAAGAAAAAUAAUCAACCUCUCACAUCCAUUAGCUCUGAAAACACUGCAGAUCUACCACCCUUCAAAAUGGGCUCCGAGGAUCACACCCCAAAGAUCAGAAACAUCAGCAGAAUCUGGAAAAAUUGGUUUUCAGUUUUUAGGGGGCAAGACGAGAUGUGUGAUAAAUAUAGCCAUGAACUAAAUUGAGAACCAAAAAGGCCUAGAAUCCCUGUGUUAUUUUGGGCUUUUGCUCUUAAUGUCACUACAUUCCAUCUGCUCAGAUUCACUCACUAAUGAGAUGUCCACUGCAGAGUUGAUGCCAUUUUGAGCCACACUGUACCUUCAAAGGACAACCUUGUUUUUCAUUAUUUGGUUCUGCCUAGAGUGAAGAGAAGAGCAAAUGCAUUCACACAUUUAAACUGGCAUUUUCAGGCUAUCUCUGUGUUCAAACUAGCAUUGCAUUGAUUCAACAAUGCAGUGCAGUGGAUUUGAAUAUUCAUGCUAAGGAAUGACAAUUGCGGUUGUGAUUGAAACAUGCAGCGCAUUGUUGAAUACUGGGUUUGCAUGGUUAUCAAAUGAUAUGGGGUGACAGAGGGAGGAAAAGUCGCAGGUCAGAUGCAGAGGUAGCCAAACCAAGAGAUGGGGUCCUUUGGACGUUCCAGAGGAUAAGAGAGGAGAGAAUGUUGAGAGCAUCACAGUUACUGCCUUGCACAUUGCAGUGACCAAUCUCCUUAGAACUCACUGAUGGGCUCCCCUAAGUUCCAAGAGCUUGUCUCUCCAACGUCUCCUUCCCCUGGCCGGCACCAGACAGGAAGGAAACGGACCUUUAACUGGGAGCCCCGGGCCCCAUGGAGGACUAGCACAGGACAGGAUGCACCACGGGGCAGAGAGAGAGGAGAGACCGAAAGAAGGACAAAGAGCGAGAAACAGAGAUACAGAAAAGGAGAAAGAUCAGUGUGGAGCAAAGAAGAGAUCUUGGAUCCUGACGCUUUUUGCCCCAGUGAGUUGGAUCCCACUCCAAUGUUCUACCUGUAGUUGAUUGUAGACGGAACUGUAUCUGGGAUACUGUAGCAUACUGUUGUCACUGGUUACAAUGUUACGCCACCAAUGACGGCUCGUCUCUGCAACAUAUUUGAGAGAAAUGAACCAGAGUUUGCACUAAGUCCAACCUGCAAUGCCAGGUUACACUACAGCAGAAAAUGAAGCAGUACAGUGUAGCUAUUGAGACUAAAGGUUGAAAAAUGAGUUUCUGUUUAGUCUAAAACAUAAUCAGUGGAUGAUGCUAAUCUGUAGGGGGAAGAAAUACUGUAUGACGUCACUUGAUGUUACUCAGGAACCUGGUAUCAGAUUUUAAGGACCUUCCGCUUCUGCUCUCUAGUGAUCUAUGUCAAACUAGCCUACAUAAUACUUCAUAAACAUGGCAUAACUCUUGUUUUAACCAUACAUCUCCUUUUGGCAAACGACCCCUGUGGUGUCACAUAUAAGGACUUAGGCUUGCUAGUGUCGUCAGGAUUUCUAUGAAUGGUUUUGGUAUGGAUUGUGUCAUGGUUAAGAUGGCCUUAUAUGGGCUUUAGCCUAUAGAAUUCAUAAGUAACUAUGUGUAUUUAUGUUGUAUUUACUGUAAGCUUUCACUCACUCAGUCACUGAGACACCAACCAGCUGAUCAUAUUGUCAGAGUAGCGCUAGAUGUCCAACCAGCUGAUCAUAUUGUCAGAGUAGCACUAGAUGUUCAACCAGCUGUAUCAUAUUGUCAGAGUAGCAGUAGAUGUUCAACCAGAUGAUCAUAUUGUCAGAGUAGCACUAGAUGUUCAACCAGCUGUAUCAUAUUGUCAGAGUAGCACUAGAUGUCCAACCAGCUGGUCAUAUUGUCAGAGUAGCACUAGAUGUCCAACCAGCUGAUCAUAUUGUCAGAGUAGCACUAGAUGUCCAACCAGAUGAUCAUAUUGUCAGAGUAGCACUAGAUGUUCAACCAGAUGAUCAUAUUGUCAGAGUAGCACUAGAUGUCCAACCAGCUGAUCAUAUUGUCAUUGUAGCACUAGAUGUCCAACCAGCUGAUCAUAUUGUCAUUGUAGCACUAGAUGUCCAACCAGAUGAUCAUAUUGUCAGAGUAGCACUAGAUGUUCAACCAGAUGAUCAUAUUGUCAUUGUAGCACUAGAUGUCCAACCAGAUGAUCAUAUUGUCAGAGUAGCACUAGAUGUCCAACCAGCUGAUCAUAUUGUCAGAGUAGCACUAGAUGUUCAACCAGAUGAUCAUAUUGUCAGAGUAGCACUAGAUGUCCAACCAGCUGAUCAUAUUGUCAGAGUAGCACUAGAUGUCCAACCAGAUCUCGAACAGGAAACAACUAGAUCUGGCAUCAUCUUGCAGUUGUUGUUCUUGUCCACAGCCUGUAGAUAAAAAGUUCAGCUCUGUUGAUUUUCGUCUGUUAGUGAUCCAACAUACACUACAUAUGUUCCCUACCUAUGGUGUGUUUGGUUUGGCCUGGAUGGAUGGAGCCCACUAGAUAUUAAACGUAAUGCUAGGUAACCUCCCCACCCUCAAAUAGCCAGCACUUGAGCAAAAUGAGAUAUGAUUAAAUAGCAAAUCACUCUGGCUUACAUAGCUUCAAGACGGUGGUCACAAAACAGUUUGUGAAAAUGUUCAAUGGCAAUACAAUAAAUGUAAUGAUUUAAAGUGCAAAACAAGUCUUACAAAGGCAUACUAUACAAAGCGUUGAGAAACAAGGAGAAAAUACAUAAAGCCACCCAACUCUAACAAACAACUUAGGGCCAGAUGUACUAGCUAAGCAUUUGCACUUUGCAUUUAAACUGCGUAGUGAAAAUAUAAAGUAAAGGUAAGAGAUGGAUUACAACCUUUUGGCCUUUUGUUUGGAAAUAAUCAAUUUGAUCUGAAUUUCACUAUGCACUAAAUAGCUUAUACAUGUUUUGUUUUUGUUUUUCACACAAUGACAGUUAAUUUCAUAUAACCUACAGUGAAAAAUGAUUUCAUUUUUCCCAGAAGUAACUUAUGAUUGGUCUGAAUGGAAACUCUUGCAUGAGUGCAGUCAAUAUACUCAUUACAUUGAACUCACACCUACUCUACGUGCAAAUGUAAACCACUUUCAUGUCUCAAAAGCUGUGAGGAAAUACCAGCUACAUGUUUUUCAUGUUAUGAUUUAUUUUGGUUAUGCCACAUAUGUUUUGUUGAUACAUUCAUUUAGUGGAGGUAAAAAUUAGUGGAGAUACAAAAAAAAAACGAACAACAACAGCUGUUGAACUGAUUUCAAUGUGAAUUUUCUUGCCUCUUGUGUAUAUGUGUAAUUAUAUGUGAAUUGUACUGUAAAUAUGAUAUCUUUCACUGGAUAUUUCUUAAUGCAUGAACAAAACAGGGCAGUACGUAAUAGCAGCUAGCUUCACUGCUAAUGGCAUGGACAGCUUCUAUGGCAUUGGCAUACUUCUGCAAAGAAAACCUAAAAAAAAAAAAAUGUUAAGAAGAGAAGAUUAAGGUUUUGUUUUGCAUGACCUAAGUUUGGAAAGGUUUAUUUUCGUAUUUUUCUAUUUCACACUUUUCAUCAGCUUCAUUCUCACAGCCAGGAAAGGAAGGACCCAGUGUUUACAUGCUCUAGUUGCACUUGUUUUACAGCCAGCUCGACAAAACACUGUAAAACAAACUGUACAUUCAAUAAAACUGGAGAAAACUGAAAAAUGGAAUGUACAUUUAUAUCUCAUGGUCAACAUGAAUAAUAUGUACCUCUCAAUCAUAUUCACUUACUGUGUACCGAAGCACAUACAAUUUGGAAUCAAUGCACCAAGUACAUACUGUAGUUUUAUCAGGUUUAGCUUUAGCACUAACAUCAAUCGCCCUUCAACUACAAAGGAUGUAAAGGAUGCUUAACAGAAGCAUCUGAACUUAAGCCAUGAGAUUGCAUGCUGAGUGGGUAUUCCCAGCCGUUUCUCUUAAAUGAGUUGCCUCUGGACUGGGGGGGGGGGGGGGGGGGUUCUGGUCUGUUACUGAUUAUGAUGGUACUUUCAGGAGGCUAUGCUGAGUCCCAAUUAUACAUCAGUAUAGCUCCCUCUUUCAAUAAGUUUUUACCAGGGAAAACACUACUUGUAAAACAAAUAGCUAUGGGGAAAAUUCUGUAAAAAUGUUUUAAAAAAUAAAUUAAAUUGAAAGGCCACCAACCCAUAUCUAUUUUAAAGAUUUCAAUCAGUAUUUUAUAUUUAUUUUUUAUUUAUUUAUUUUUUCUUCGUAAUUGGCUGUAUUUGUUGCGUUUUGUUAUGGAUUGUUAUUAUUACUGUUGUUUUCUCAUAAAAAAAAAGGACAUGUACUUACAACCUAACCUGGAAGUAAAAUGUAUACAUUUUUUGCACUGUAAUUGAUGAGUUCACAUUGGGCGCUUUAUUUGAUUCAGUUAUCUAAUGAGGUGUUUUAUUUCAUUUGGGGUAUGAGUUGUACUCAUGGAAUCAACAUUUGUAUAGUAUGCAGUUGUAUUUACUUUCCUUGUCAGUGCCAAUUAAUGUUAUAGUGUCAAUCAGCUUUUUUUUAGGUGUUUGAGCAAAAUGUGUUUUUUUUACAAAUACAAGGUGUUAAAGUAUGUGGUAUAAAAGGAGUAUCAUUCAAACAACAGACUUUUUACUAAUAAAGGCUUAUACAGUAAAGAAUGACAAUGUCUUUUUGUUUGCCCUUUGAGGACUAAUAUCUAUUGUUUAAUUCACAUUUUUGCUGAGUUCAUUUUAAUGUGUUAGUCCCCAAAAGGUAAAUAACAUACUCUGUUGCAACAAAAAAAAAAAUCAAUUGAAAAACGAAAUAAGUUCUUUACCAUUGCAAUUCCAAGCUGUCGUGGGAGGUUUCACCUAUUUGUUUGGUGUGUUGCUUUCUCAUAAGGGCUUGUUGGGCUAUCAGCCAUGAGUACAAAAGAGAGAAAAGACAAGAGAGUGUCUUCUUGUUACAGAUUUUAAUUUGAUUACAACCAUGACGCAUCAAUGAGAGUAUACCUCCUUCCGUGCCCUAUUUCCUGAAUAAAGACACAAAGUGACUCCUGCUGA